AUGUAUGUAUGCAACGUUGGUAACAUCCCUACGUUUGAAACGGUCACUCACGGGCGAGAUCGCUCUUCAAUAAUCGAUCUCACAUUUGCUUCCGGCUCCAUCAUCGAUAACAUCUUGGAGUGGCGUGUCAACUUGAACAUUUCACCAAUUUCCCAGCAUAAUGCAUUAGACUAUUGCAUCGACUUUGACACAUCUAACACCACACACACAUAUCAAAACUCCACUUUCCUGUACAAAUCUAAUAAACCUUGUUGGCCUAUCUUUAAGGACAAACUGCACACACACAUGACACUCACAAACAUACUCGAACAUGACAUUUCUACCCUGAACGUUGAUGAUCUGGAACAUAUCAUCAACGAACUAAUCAAUGUGAUCCACGCUGCAUGUCGAGCCAGCAUGCAUGUUAAAAGCCGGGGAACAAAGCCCAAGGCUCCUUGGUGGACGGAGGAGUUGGAGACCCUCAAGCGGGAGGUGGUGGAUUUACACCAUCAGCUCCACGCUGCCAAGCGCCAGGGUAUAGGAGUCGACUAG